GGAGGUGAGCGCUUCUCGGGCGCCUUUAAUACCCGCCCCCUCCGCUCCAGCACGCCAGUCAGGGCGAGCACGCCGCAAACAGCCGGGGCUCCGCACACAAAGCCAGGCUCGGGGCUCCCCCCUUGUUUUACCACCCAAAAAAAGCAUGGAAGACCAGCUUUCCCGGCGUCUCAUUUCUGCUGCCGCCUCACAGUGAGGCGGUCCUGUCCUGCUAGAACGGGACCCCGUGAUAUCUGCUAUUUAAAACUGAGAGAUAUUUGGGAUUUUGGCUCGUAGCGCGUCUGUUCUCUUUUUUGAAAUACAAUGGGCUGCUGCGGUGGACGUUGUACGUUGAUUUUCCUCUGUACUUUCCAGCUGAUGGUGGCCUUGGAGAGACAGGUGUUCGACUUCCUGGGCUAUCAGUGGGCUCCCAUCUUGGCAAACUUCUUCCACAUCAUCAUCGUCAUCCUGGGCCUUUUUGGCACCAUCCAGUACAGGCCACGCUAUAUCGUAGUGUAUGCCGUCUGGACCGCUCUCUGGGUGGCGUGGAAUGUCUUCAUCAUCUGCUUCUACCUGGACGUGGGAGGUCUUUCCAAGGAGAGCGACCUCCUGACCUUCAACAUCUCGGCGCAUCACUCGUGGUGGAGCGAACACGGGCCGGGCUGCGUGCGGAAGGAGAUGCCGGCGGCCAGCGUGCGCGGUCCAGACAGCCAGGCCUACAUCUCCGUCAUGGGCUGUCUAUUGGAGUACCAGUACAUCGAGGUCCUGCACAGUGCCUUCCAGAUCCUCGUCGCACUCCUGGGAUUUGUGUACGCCUGCUACGUGGUCAGCGCCUUCACUGAGGAAGAGGACAGCUUUGAUUUUAUCGGUGGCUUUGACCCCUUUCCCCUCUACCAUGUCAAUGAGAAACCGUCUCACGUCCUGCUAAAGCCCACGUACCUGUCUACGUAAAUAGCAGCAGUUUGACCGCUCCAGGACGGCCAUAGAAUCACUGGUGAGGGGGUGGCAAAGUGGAUUCGAAAAGGAGGAAGAGGACUGUGUAUCGGAACAUCAGCGGAGAAGACCGAAGGCCGGUUUAGACGCGUCCUAUCAGUGCUUAUUAAUACUGCUAGAGUACCGCUUACAAAGACUCGACUUCCAAGUUCAGUCCAGCUGUCUAAAAAGGUGAUGGAGCCUUACCAGGUGGCAGAUGCAGCGUGAUUAAAAAAAUAGCUAAAAGUUGUGGUUCAAAUCGGACGAAAAGAGAGCGAGCCGUCGUCCGAGGCACCGUUGCCGUUGUCUCUGUGUGCGUCCUGUUUUGUCCGAUCUGCAGAUGUAAAUAACGGGUAUUUGUCUGGCUGAGAUAUGAGUCUGUUUUAUGUCAGAUAACUGUGUUCAGAUAUAUUGUUUACGGUGCCUCAAACCACCGCGCGCACAUACCUAGCCCAGAGGGGAAAUAAGAAUACAAUAGACAGUAAAACAGUUCCGCAAUAAAGGGCUGCUGUCAAAAUAGAAUUACUGUCACACAAAGCAGCCACUUCCCUGGCGUUCACACCUAAAGCAUGCGUGAUUAUCGUGUACUGUAAGGUUUAUGAAAUCGCCCCCUUUUCUAUCUUUUCCACUUAACAUCUGAGAACAUCUUAUUUGUGUCAGCUGCCACAUUGUAUUUUCAUUUUCGAGAAAUUCCGUGUUGUUUUGUCUGGGUCUUUUUCUUUGCGUUUCUUACUUUUUUGCAAUUUUUAAAAAUAAUUUCUCGUGAGAAGAGAAGGUUAUGUUAAAGGGAUACCGUGUGUAUGGGAGGGAGGUGUUUGGGGUGGACUGAUCAAUGCAAUAUUUUGUCAUUUUAGGGUGUGCGUUUUUUAACAAUAGCUGACGGGGGCUUUGUGUAUGAUGUGGUUAUUGGUGCAGCUGAACUGUCAACGAAAGAAAUGAGACAAAUACUUAAGUAAAGCACUGAUUUCUGUUUAAAAGAAAAUCAGUUCUAGGUGACAGCGCGUAUCAAUAUGUGGCAUGAAGCUGUAUAACAGAGACCAAACGAAAGCUUUUUUUUUUUUUAUUCCUACGAAUAGGUCAGGCACUUCAUGGCAUGUUAUAACGAACCACAACUGCCCCCUAGUGGUGACUGUCUAUAAAACGGCCUUCCUAUACAUUUGUUUUCGCCUUUGUUUUUUGUAAAAUAAGCAUGUUAAUUUCUUUGUAUUUUAAAAGCUUUUUGUUUGAGGUGCGAACAGUGAUUCGAAAUGCCGUUUCGCACUAAACCAUUGAAGCAGCUGUAUGGUGUGUCUCUGUAAGGCGUCCGACUUAGCUUGUUAUUAAAUGUUAUAUCUUGCACUGUGACACCGCCCGACGAGCCCCCAGAGCGAUGCUAUCGUUUUACAAUGGCAAUUUAACGUGUAUUUGUAACUAAUUUGAAAAAAGAAAUCAAAUUAUUUUGGUAAAACCGUUAUAUUAAUAUACCACAUAGAAUUAAGUCUUAAUUCUUAAUGUUCAAAGUGAAUUUGUAGAACAUAGGCCUACCUACACAUUUUGAAAUGAUCAAAAUUAUGAGUCGUAUAUAAUCACUUAUUUGUAGGCUUAGAAAUAUACAGUGUAAAGUGAUGGGCAAACAUUUGCCCCCCACCCAUCUCCUUUGUAGAUUAUAUGUUUCUAAAUAUAUAAUUUCCAAGUGUUACAUUUUGAUCAUUAAAUAUAUUUGAAUUGAU